AGAUUCUUGCUGAAAUCUGUUAAUUCUACUUUUUGAGCACCAUGAAUAACCACGUGUCUUCAAAACCAUCCACAAUGAAGCUAAAACAGACCAUCAACCCUAUUCUUUUAUAUUUCAUACAUUUUAUAAUAUCACUUUAUACCAUUUUAACAUACAUUCCAUUUUAUUUUCUGUCGGCGUCAAGACAAGGAAAAUCAAACCAAAUUAAGGCAAAGCCUGUGGAUUCAAAUCCGGAGUCCGCAUACAGAUCUGUGAACAGUUUGCAUGGUUUGGCUUCAGUGUUAUACCCUGGAUGUGAUACUCUAGAUAAAGUGUUUGCGUACGCAAAAAACAAAUUUAAGGACAAAAGGCUUUUGGGAACACGUGAAAUUUUAAAUGAGGAAGAUGAAGUACAACCAAAUGGAAAAAUUUUUAAAAAGGUUAUUCUUGGAUGCUACAAUUGGCUUUCCUAUGAAGAUGUCUUCAUUCGAGCCUUUAAUUUUGGAAAUGGCUUACAGAUGUUGGGUCAGAAACCAAAGACCAACAUUGCCAUCUUCUGUGAGACGAGGGCUGAGUGGAUGAUUGCUGCACAGGCUUGCUUUAUGUACAACUUUCAACUUGUUACGUUAUAUGCUACUCUGGGAGGUCCAGCGAUUGUUCAUGGAUUAAAUGAAACCGAAGUGACCAACAUCAUUACUAGUAAAGAACUUUUGCAAACAAAAUUGAAGGAUAUCGUGUCUUUAGUCCCACGCCUGCGACAUGUGAUCACUGUGGAUGGCAAACCGCCAUCCUGGUCCGAGUUCCCCAAAGGUGUCAUUGUACACACCAUGGCUGCGGUGGAGGCUCUGGGGGCCAAGGCGAGUGUCGAAAACCAACCUCAGAGCAAACCGACACCUUUGGACAUUGCAGUGAUUAUGUAUACAAGUGGCUCCACAGGACUUCCAAAGGGGGUCAUGAUCUCGCAUAGUAACAUCAUUGCUGGUAUAACAGGGAUGGCGGAGCGGAUUCCAGGACUGGGUGAGGAAGAUGUCUACGUUGGAUAUUUGCCUCUGGCCCACGUUCUAGAACUAAGUGCUGAGCUGGUCUGUCUUUCUCAUGGAUGCUGCAUUGGCUACUCGUCACCACAGACAUUAGCUGAUCAGUCUUCAAAAAUAAAAAAAGGAAGCAAAGGGGAUACGUCUGUGUUGAGACCCACACUCAUGGCAGCUGUUCCGGAAAUCAUGGAUCGGAUCUACAAAAACGUCAUGAAUAAAGUAAAUGGCAUGAGUAGUUUUCAACGCAAUCUGUUUAUUCUGGCUUAUAAUUAUAAAAUGGAACAGAUUUCCAAAGGGAACAGUACUCCGCUGUGUGACAGGUUUGUUUUUUGGAAAGUACGAAGCUUGAUAGGUGGAAACAUUCGACUUCUAUUAUGUGGAGGUGCUCCACUUUCUGCAACGACUCAGCGGUUCAUGAAUAUCUGUUUUUGCUGUCCUGUGGGCCAGGGAUAUGGCCUUACUGAAUCUUCUGGGGCUGGAACAAUUACAGAAGUAUGGGACUAUAAUACUGGCAGAGUUGGAGCACCAUUAGUUUGCUGUGAAAUCAAGUUGAAGAACUGGGAAGAAGGUGGAUACUUUAAUACAGAUAAACCACACCCCAGGGGUGAAAUUCUUGUUGGUGGCCAAAAUGUGACAAUGGGAUACUACAAAAAUGAAGCAAAAACAAAAACUGACUUCUUUGAAGACGAGAAUGGACAAAGGUGGUUCUGCACUGGAGACAUUGGCGAGUUUGACCCUGAUGGGUGUUUAAAGAUUAUUGAUCGUAAAAAGGACCUGGUAAAACUGCAGGCUGGAGAGUAUGUUUCUCUUGGGAAAGUAGAAGCAGCAUUGAAGAAUCUCCCACUGAUUGAUAACAUUUGUGCAUAUGCAAACAGCUAUCAUUCUUACGUCAUUGGGUUUGUUGUGCCAAACCAAAAGGAGCUAACAGAACUAGCUCGAAAGAAAGGACUGAAAGGAACUUGGGAAGAGCUGUGUAAUAGUUGUGAAAUGGAAAAUGAGGUACUUAAAGUCCUUUCUGAAGCUGCUAUCUCAGCAAGUCUGGAAAAGUUUGAAAUUCCAGUAAAAAUUCGUUUGAGUCCGGAACCGUGGACCCCUGAAACUGGUCUGGUGACAGAUGCCUUCAAGCUAAAGCGCAAAGAGCUGAAAACACAUUACCAGGCGGACAUUGAGCGCAUGUAUGGAAGAAAGUGAUGAUUCUCACUCUGGCAUCUGUUGGCUGCAGUGAGCUGAGAUCAAACAGGGAAAUACUUGAAAUGUAUGUCCUCAGCUGUGUAUGUCCUCAGCUGUGAGGCACGUUCCAUCCCUCCUGUUAGACCAGAUUGUUGUUUCUCAUGACAUCACCAUUUCUAACUGACAGGAUGAGUAAAAUAUUAAGACAGCAAACUUGUGUCUGUCUCUUCUUUCUUUUUCCUCCCAGUUCACUCUCCCACUGAUGACUGUAUUUGUCAGUGUGUGGAUUUUCCUGAAUUAGUGGAGAGGCAGUGAUUUUAAAACCUCAAGUUUUUAAACAUGAUUUAUAUGUUCUGUAUAAUGUUCAGUUUGUAACUUUUUAAAGUUUGGAUGUAUAGAGGGAUAAAUAGGAAAUAUAAGAAUUGGUUAUCUGGGAGGGGUGGCUUUUUUACUUACAAUAUUUAAAAGUACAAGGGUAUUGAUGUGAAAUUAUGUAUAUUUCAAAUGCUUGUGAAUCAAAUCAUUGUUGAACAAAAGAUUUGUUGCUGUGUAAUUAUUGUCUUGUAUGCAUUUGAGAAAAAUAAAUACACCGAUACUUAUGUUUUAAGAAAUUGAGACUUUGUGA